ACAUCGCUUGCAUAGGCAGCAAUGCCUAUGAGAGUAAAACAUUCUUUGUGGUUGUAAGCCAAACCUAGAAUACAGCAGAAAAGCCUGCAGUCAGUGUUCCUUAACAAGACAGAUGUUCCUCAAAGUGCGUGAAGUUCUCUGAAACAUCUUCAGCUUUGCCUUCCAAAGAUUCACAAGAGAUUCAGGCAGAGUGACAGUGAAAAAUGUUGAUGUAUCAGUAGCCUGGGACCCUGCUUGCUCCAUUGCCCAAAGCGUGAGAGAUCCCAACAGGAUGCUCCCCUGCUCCUAGUCCAGUACUGGUUUCAAGUCUGCAGAUGCUGAAGACCGGGCGACGUUCGGAUCGCUGCAGACGGAGGAGUGGGGGCAAUUCAUGCACAUCUGCGACGUGAUCAACGCCACGGAGGAGGGGCCUAAGGAUGCAGUCAAAGCGUUGAAGAAGAAGCUUUCAAAAAACUGUAACCAUAAGGAGAUCAGGCUCACCCUGUCUCUGCUAGACAUGUGUAUGCAGAACUGUGGUCCAAGGUUCCAGUCAUUAGUUGUGAAGAAGGACUUCUGCAAGGACAAGCUGGUGAAACUGCUGAACCCCAGAUACAACCUGCCCAUUGAAUUGCAGGAGAAAAUCCUGACCUUCAUCAUGGUAUGGGCCCGAGGGUUCCAAGGAAUGGUGGAUGUGACCGAAGUAAAAGAAGUUUAUCUGGAACUGCUGAAGAAAGGAGUGGAGUUUCCAUCUUCUGCUACCAGCAAAGGAAGGUCUAAGUCCCCGUCUUCUGCAAAGUCAUCACCAUCUUCUGCUAAUCCCCCAAAACGUUCUCUGUUGCCUCUUCCCACGGGCCCAACGUUACUGUUGAUACCUGAACAGAUUGGGAAACUGUACAGUGAACUGGAUAUGGCGAAAAUGAAUGUGAGAGUCAUGUCAUCAAUAUUAAAAGAAAAUGUUCCUGGCUCUGAAAAUCCAGAUGAUAUGAAUCUUUUACAGAAGCUGUACAAGACGUGUCGGAUGAUGCAGGAACGGAUCAUGGAGCUGUUGGUGACAGUGGAGAAUGAAGAUGUGAUAAUAGAGUUAAUACAAGUAAAUGAAGAUCUGAAUAAUGUUCUCCUGGGACAUGAAAGGUUCUCUCGAAACAGAGUUCGAUUUUUGGAGAACCAGAGAAUACAGCGUGAACGUGAAGAGCUGUACAGGAAACAGCCAUCUGCUCCCUCCAGUGAUCUCCUUGACUUCUCUACAGAUUCUCCAUCUCCUGUGGCUGCAGUGUUGGGGACUGACCCUGCAGCACCUCAAUUUCCAAGUCCUAAUUCCAUAUCUGCACACCCUGAAGAUACAAAAAGGCUCCAUCCAUCCAUUUACCCCCAGCUAGAUUUAGCAGCUGCUGUGAAAGUUCAGCAGUUCCCAUUUGCAACUGAAGCACAAAACAAUAGUGUGAGCACCCCAGCUGGACAUACGUAUAGCAAUCUGGCAACUCUUUUAAGCCCAGUGCCUCUGAAUCCAGUAAAUCUACAGGCUGGACAUACUACAUCAUCAAAUGGACCAUCACCACCAGCUGCAUCGAAGAACAAGUUGCAGACACCUCAUUACUACGAGAUAAUGGAAUUUGAUCCUUUGGCUCCUACAGAAGCAAUUUAUGAAGAAAUUGAUGCUGCUGUGCUGAAGCCAGAAGCUGAAAAGCAUUCAGAAUGCUGAAGGUGGAGAUCUGAACACAGAAGUUACUCUGGUGCUGCUCCUGGGCUCUGCUUCGUGUAACAUGUGAACAAAGAGCAAUGAGAAGUGGACAAGUACUUGGAUCCACACCUUGAGAAUUGGUCUUGAAUGUUCAACUGUGUAUUGUUCCAGGUGACUUACAUGAUUGCUAUUUUUUUUAAGUAUUGUGGCCUUCAGAAUAUAAUUUUCGAAGUCACCUGUGUAUGAGGUAGCACAUGACAUCAAAACCAAGUAAAUUAAAAGCACUCUCACAGCUAUAGAAGAAAGCUUUUCUUCCACCUUAAUCUGUUCUUUCAUACUACAUAAUCCUAUUUCUGUUUUGGCCAUGUUGAUGUCUGUGAAAUUCUCUCCCUAUAAAUAUAUAUAUUUCUUGAAAUGUAUGACUUAUCUAAAAUUGAGCCUCCUGAUAGAUAUGAAAGAUACACAGUCAUCACUUUCUUACAUUUAUAUUCUGAAUAUGGAUUUUGUUUUCUUUGCAAAACCCCACCAAUUAAUAGGAUUUUUGUCUUGGUAAGAAGCUGAGCUGGGACAUCCAGUGCUGUCAUCUGUGAUUAACAGAGCAGAAAAAAGCUGUGUGUUGCCAUGUUGUGGUUAUUAGUAAACAGUGGAAGGGAUCACUGUUGUUUCCAAUGUUCCUGCUCUGCAGCUUCUUAUUCUGGUGAAGGAAAAAUAUCCAUCUACAAUGCAAAUGAGCACUAGUUAUCCAUUUAUUUUAAUCAAGUAAUUUAAAGCUGCUUUUAUCUCUUAA